AUGCACGCCGGGAGGAUCAAGAGGAGCGAAUUUGAGUCUGCGGUGCCAGGAGCGACCCAACCAACAUCUGCUUACGCUGCCUCAAAGGAUGCUCAUGGAUUUGCAGAGUGGCUUGCUGGCGUCAUCAGAACCCUCGACCACAUUAGCAGGCCCGACGGUGCAACGAAAGGAGCCGCAGGCAAGACUCCCGAACCGAAGACCCGAACGAACGAAGGCACCGGUGCAGAACCGUCUCACCGAAGUACACCAGAAUUUGCCUGGACACGACCGCGAACAUGCCGACCUUCCGUCUUCUGUCGUUCUCUCUGGCAGUCGUAG